GGGAGUUCCAGAGUCUGGGAGCAGCCAUAGAGAAGGACUUCUCCUGCCUCCAGACUGGACACGCCUGUGAAGGUGCAGGAAAAGGUCUCAAGAAAUCUUCUAUUUUGGAAAACAGAAAUGUUGGAAUGGGGAGUGGGGGGGAGAGAGGUUGUGUGUUGAACUCUGAAAAAAAGGCACAAAGGCAUCGUCCUCUCUCCGUGCGGGACAACACCCUGCAAAGCUAACAGGUGGCAAGCAGUUGCUCUGGGCGUCACCACCUGUUCCAGUGACAACCCCGGUGUGCAGACACCACGCCUCUCCUGGCCCGCACCUGGCUGGGAGGGAAGCGCCACCCCCGUCCUCUCCCGGCUAGCCCUUCGCAUUUCCUCAUCAGCCCUCCCUGGCCAGACAGGUUGGUUUGGACAGGUAACCUGAGCUGUUGCCGCCGGGAGGAGUGAGGGGGUCAGGGCUGUGCGAAGAGCUUGGGGAGAACCUGCAGCAGCACACCUGGCACAGGCUUCCAGAAUGUCUGGUGGUGGAAAUGACCAGGAUUUUCGGACGGUUGAAACAGAAAAGGAGAUGUACGAGAAGGACAGAGGGAAACUGGACUCGGAAGGCGCUGCAGAGCCUGAGCCUGUGGCCCUUCCACCCUCUGCCUCAAAGCGCAUUCUCUACCCGCAGCCUCACGUGGACCCUUAUGAUUCAAGGAGAUAUUUUGUCACAAGGGCUGGAGCAUUCGAUCAAGCCAUGGAUGACCUGAAGGCCCAUGUGGUUGUGAGCAUGGGAGAAACAGCCCACAGCUUCUGGCUGAUGACAGAGAUCGAUCAUUGGAACAACGAGAAGGAACGUGUUUUGGUGAUCACAGACUCGGCCCUCCUGAUCUGCAAAUAUGACUUUAUCAUGCUGAAGUGCCUGCAACUCCAGAAGGUCCCCCUGAAUUACAUCGACCGCAUCGUCCGGGGCUCCUUCACCUUUCCUGAGAGGUCGUUAGACAGGAGGGAAGGCGAAGGCCUGAGAAUCUUCUGGGACAAAGUGCGAGAACCGACGUUCCUGUCUCGCUGGAACCCCUGGUCCACGGACAUUCCCUAUGCGACGUUCACGGAGCAUCCGGUGAAGAACAGCAGUGAGAAAUUUAGUGUCAUCUGCCAG